AUGAAAGAAGAUGAUGAUAAUGAGAGUAUGCAUGCUGAUUGUACUACAAUAUCAUUAACCAGUCAAGGAAGAAGGUCCAGAGAAUCUUCAUUUCAAUGCAAAAUAUGUGGCGCCCCAGCUGAACAUUCAAAUUAUGGUGUCAUAUCAUGUUCACCAUGUAAAAUGUUUUUUAGACGAAAUGCAACUACAGGACAAGAAAAAUUUGUAUGUGAUUUUGAUGGUUUAUGUGAAAUCAAUGUAAAUAAUCGUCAUACAUGUUCAUCUUGUCGUCUUGCUAAAUGUUUCACAAAUGGUAUGCAACCUGAUAUGAUUCGAUGUUCAUUAUCUAAACGAAUUACAGCAAAACAACGACAAAAUAAUGAAUCAGAAUCUAUUACUACAACACUAAAUAUUUUAACAGGAAUAGAAGAACACAAUCAACUGCAUACUUUUCCAACAUUGAAUCUUUUGAAAGCAGAUAAUUCAACAUUAUAUUCUGCACAAUGGGCAUUAUUAUCUAAUUUAAUUUAUAGUUAUGAUGAAAGUAAACUUUUCUCAAUAGCUGAACAAAUAAUCAAUUCAGAUAAUACUGAACAUUCUAUAACAUCAACGAAUUCUGAACUUGCAAGAAAAUUUUUUGUUGAAGUUUAUGAAACAACAGAAAAAUAUCUUCGUUCAAAUGGAGAUCUUUAUACUUUAGGACCGGAUGAUCGAACUAUAUUUCUUCCUAGUGCUGCUGAAAGUGUAACUUGGUUAGGUGCUAUUUUUUGUUGGAAUCAUUUUCAACUUUACAAUUGUCAGUCUUUCAUGGCUAAUUUUAAAAAUGUAUAUGGUGAUACAUGUAUGAAUUUAAUUCAAAAUGUAUUAAAAUUUAUUGAAUCUGAUACUGUGAUAUUUAAAUUAGCAUUAUCUAUAUUUACUUUUUGCAAUAAUAUAUCAUUAUUACGUUCGAUAACCACAAGUAAAACGUUAGAUACACUUGCACUUUUUCGUAUUCAAAAUAUUUAUGCCGAAGUAACAUGGAAAUAUCUUCUUUAUAAAUAUAAUUUUACUCAAUGUGUUCAACGAUUUAUGAAAAUAGUUCAAUGUUUUUUGGCUGUUACAGAUACAAUUUAUAAUGCUCAAAACAUUUUAUUACAUGUCAAAGAUAUUGAAACAACGAUUGAAAAAACUGAAUUAACGCUUGUCUUAGAUGAUAUUGAGCGUAUUGAUGCAAAUGAAAAUUAA